GCCAGCGCCAUUUUUUCAAUGCAAGACUCGGCCUGCAUAAAUUAUGUUCAUGACGUAGUGCAAAAGAGCAAAUUUGUGUUAAUUUUUCGGCACUUUUCUGCAGAUAAGGGUUUACCUUGGCUAUUAAGGUGCGCUUGCUUCACCGGCGCGACAGUUAACGGAGAGACGUCAUUAAAUAUUUAGUUAAAAAGAGGACCAGCGCUUUCCCGAGCCUCCUUAUCAAUGCAAAUAGCUCUUUUGUGUGCAUUCGUAGCGCGCGUCGGAAGCUGUGAGAUGAAUUUUUAAUUAUGCAUAUUUAAAACAAACUGUGGCAAAGCUCGCCGAAGGAGGAGAAAUAAAGAAAAUAUCCCACCUUUCAGCGGGGGUACUGCGGAGCUGGUAGCACACCCUUCAACCAAUAUGCAGAAUCAGUGAUCUCCUCAGAGCUUAGACUUCAUCAUGGACACUGAGGAUCUCCCUGCAAACAAUGCGCCACUCACCGUCAAUGAACAGCUUUUAGGUUCCUGCACUUUGAAAUUCCCAGCACAAGACGACCAGGUCAUUGUCAUGUCAGGACAGGAGACCAUCCGUGUGCUGGAGGUGGAGGUGGAUACAGCCUUGUCAUCUUCGGGGGUUGAUGGGAAGGUGGACUCAGGGGGCGAGGAAGCUGCUGUUCAGACCCUGGAUGUAGCUGAGGAGACUCCAUUGGACAGUCCAGUAACCACAAGCACUACCACAGCUGUGUCUGUGGAGGUCUCGGCGCCUGCAGUGCAAACCCUGGUCUCAAAAGCCGCCAUUAGCGUGUCUCCGGCCCAGCCACAGACCAGCCUGCCCAUCACUGUCCAGGCCUGCCCACAGGUCCUGACUCAGGAUGGCUUGGCCUCUCUGAUGACUGGCAUGCUCGCCCAGCAGGGGUCUCUGGGUCAACCCCUGCUCAUUCCUCUUAGUAUGGCCGGGUCUGUUGGGGGUCAGGGGGGUCUGGCAGUGCUCACCUUACCCACCGCCACUGUGGCCACCCUCCCUGGUCUCGCUGCAGCCAGCCCUGCCGGAGGACUGCUGAAGCUGCCGUUUGCAGGACUGCAAGCCGCUACUGUGUUGAACUCUGUCCAGGCGCAACUGCAGUCACCUGCGCAGGCGGUCCUGCAGCCACAGGUGUCUGCUCUGCAGUCUGUGCAGACAACACAGGCCACGCCAGCCACCACUGCGUCUUUGGCUCAGAAGGUGUCAGAGCCCAGUGCCUCGGUCGCAACACUUCAGACCGCAGGCCUGUCCAUCAACCCUGCAAUCAUUAGUGCAGCUUCUCUGGGAGCUCAGCCUCAGUUCAUCAGCUCUCUCACUACAACUCCCAUCUUCACCAGUGCCAUGUCUAAUGUGGCAGGACUCACAGGUCAACUCAUUACCAAUGCACAGGGCCAGGUAAUUGGAACACUUCCCCUGCUGGUCAACCCAGCAUCACUGGCCGGAGCUGCCGCAGCCUCUGCGUUACCUGCUCAAGGCCUGCAGGUUCAGACCGUGUCCCCACAGCUGCUCCUCAACUCCCAGGGGCAAAUCAUUGCUACGAUAGGAAACGGUCCAACAGCUGCUGCCCCGUCCGCCGCCUCCGUCCUUCCCAAAGCCACUGUACCCCUGACACUCACCAAGACCAGCACGCCGGGUCCUAUUGGGAAAGUGGCUCCAUCUAAAGUCAUUAUUGCUCCCCAGCCGCAAGUGGUUAAAUCAGUCACGUCCCUCACCUCAUCCAUCGCCUGUGGAGACAUGCCUACCGUGGGGCAGCUCGUCAGCAAGCCACAGUCUGCUGUGAAUGAAGAAGAGGCCAUUAAUCUGGAGGAGAUCCGAGAGUUUGCCAAGAAUUUUAAGAUUCGACGACUCUCUCUGGGGCUGACACAGACUCAAGUGGGUCAGGCUCUCACCGCUACAGAGGGUCCCGCCUACAGUCAGUCAGCCAUCUGCAGAUUUGAGAAGCUUGACAUCACUCCUAAAAGUGCCCAGAAGCUGAAACCCGUGCUGGAGCGCUGGCUGGCAGAGGCUGAGCUCUGGAAUCAGAAAGGUCAGCAGAACUUGAUGGAGUUUGUGGGUGGAGAGCCCUCCAAGAAGCGCAAGCGGAGAACCAGCUUCACACCGCAGGCCAUUGAGGUCCUCAACACUUACUUUGAGAAAAACUCCCUUCCCACCGGCCAAGAGAUUACAGAAAUCGCCAAGGAGCUGAAUUACGACCGAGAGGUGGUUCGGGUCUGGUUUUGUAACCGUCGACAGACUCUGAAAAACACUAGCAAGAUCAACGUGUUUCAGGUCCAGUAGGGCUACGGUGUGUCUUCUAGAGGGCAAAAGAAGAACUUUUUGGACUUUGAUGUAUUGGUGCUAGGUGCAAAAUGACUGAAAUGACUGACUUGCUGUUGUGAUGAAGCCAGCGGCACUCAAAUUGUGUACGGUCUUAGAAUAGCACCGAACAUACUCUUUCUGUUUGUUUUUAUUUCUGUUGGUUUCCGUAAUGCUGCAUGCAGAGUGACUUUUUGCCGUACCAUCACAAUUUUCAAUGCUGAAAUGACUAUUUAAAAUAUGAAAGAAGCUACGAAAUCCUGUAUUUGCUGUUUUUAUAGAUGAAAAGAAAGCACUUAAUUUAUGACAUAAAAAAGAAAAUGUCUAAAAUAUUCUCCCUUGUUUAGUGUUUUCUUUUUUGUUUUUAAGUUGACCAUUUAAAAAUUGCUUUAUGCUGUAGCAAUAACAGCUUUGGAUUUUGAGUACAUAUAGUACAUUUAGAAGGGUUUUUUAAUCAUUCGACCGAUUUUGUUUUCUCUUUUGCUGUAAACUUAAAGCUAUGCUCCUUGCCUGAGACAAAAAGUAAAUGUUUUUGGUCAUUUUAACCUUCCCAGAAGUCCAUCUAAAAGGGCACAUUCAGAUCUCUUUUUAGUUCGGUUUCCAAGAGUAAAGUAGUUCCCUGUCUUUGUGCUUAAAUACUGUAGCUGUGUUUUGGUCAAUGGACAAUCAUAGUGCUCUGAAUCAGAAAGCAUGCCCUGCUUUUAUGUGGCUAAAUCAAUUUUUUUUCCUUUUUGGCUGUCAUUAUAAUUUCAUAUUCAGAAUUGUAUGAUUUCAACCGUUAUGUCUGUCUGUUGAUUCAAAUAGGAAACUAACUGUACCAGAGACUACAGUGGCUGAUGUAGAAUAUGUCCUAUGGAUUUUACUGUUACUGUUUUUGCCAUAAUCAGUCUAGUAAAGCAAAUGUGAAUAACAGGAGAUGCUAUUGAAGAGAGACUUGCAUCUAUAUCUAUAUGGGGCACUUAAGAAACAUUAGAUGAGCCGAUCCUUUGUUUUUAAGAUGAUCAAUGAGCCGUCAAACAAGUGUUAAAGGAUAUUACUGAUAUAUAAAGGCAGUUCUUCAUUUAUGAAUUUGGAUUGCACUCUCAUUUGUCGCAGCAAUAUUCACGGGCCAUAUUAACAUUUCCCCAUUUAGUAAAACCGUCCAGACAGAAAUGUGUCGUAACAUGUUUCACAUGUUUGUUCUAAGCAUAAAGCUAUAUUGUUCUUAUGGACUUUCAGUAUUUAUCUAAUGGAUUAUUCUUGAUUGGUACAAUGCCAUACAUUUUACGUUUUAAUGUUGUGAAGAACGAAUGAUAUUAGACAUAGUGUUUUAACUGAUAUUAUACAUAGACUAAACAUAAAAGCAGCGUCUGGUCAACGGUUUAAUCUGCACAGAGCUCAUCGAUUUUAAAACGGUGCAUAAAUGCAUUUACAGAUUAUUAUACAAUUGUAUGGUACUCCAUUAACAAUAUUUAUUUUGUAUCAAUUGUAAUGUUUGGUAUUAACUUGUUAUUUGAAUAAAUUAACACUAAACAGA